CUUCCCCGCCCGACAUCCCCAUCAUACUCACAUGACACAAAAAACCGCUACAGCGGCACGAGACGGAAAAACUGCUACCACACGGCGGCUGGGCUGCUUCGUCAGCCACACACCGACCAAGGGACAACUACAGAAAAACUCGGCCCCAUCCUCACCGGCACGUGCCCACAGUGGUGAGGAUGCGCCUGGGGGGGUCAAAGGGCUUCCGCGCAUGUGCACACGCCAAGUUAUCGACAAAGAGGAUGUCCCCCUCCCGCCAGGCAAACAUCACAUAGUUGCGCCAGUACGCCCGCACAAUCAAAAACAGGUCGAGCAGCCCUAUCUCAGAGCCGUCGGCGUACGUGGCCCACAGCAGGCACUGCAUUGGGAAGAAACGCAGCACCACCACUUGCAGCACCCACAUGCACAGCAGCACCAGCAGGACGGCAAUGUCGCGAAGGCGCCAAGUGUGGCUGGCGAGGAAGAAGGCGUCACAGACGUUGCCGAAUGGAUGGAGGAAAGGGAAGAACCCGCCCAGGGCUGUCUCCUCGUCCCCACCGCCGCUGGCCGCGGGCACCAAUGUCGUUGCCGGGAAUGUGUUCUUGAGGAGGCAGUCUCCUCCUCGCUUGCCGUCGACCCACUCGAGUUCGACUUUGUCUUGUUUGCAUGCGUCCUCCACCUUCUGGGGGUCCCCGUCGGUGUCGAAGGUGUCGCGCCACGUCUUGGUCUUGCGGCCCAGCGAACGGGCAUCGAACACCCUGAUCGAUCGACCAAUGGCAGAGGAAGGGAGAUAGAUGUGUCCUUUGAUCCGAUUGGUAUCGCUGACAAAGUGACUGACUGACCUUUUGCUCUCUGCGUCGCCUCUGCGGACAGCCGUGAAGCCUCCCUUCCGCUCAAGCUUGGCUUGCAGCCAGAGGGGCAGAUCUUUCCACACGAGGCUCAGGCGCGCGAUCGGCGUUUCGCCGCCCCAGGCACACGCCCGCUCACAGAAGAAGAUAAUGCAGUCAGGCCGCAGACUGCACACAGGGAGGACGUGACAUAGUCAACACAUGAAGCCUCUUUCUGUUUGGUCAGUCAGCGUACGCGGGGGUCUCGGCCAACUCCGCAUGAGCAGCUAUGGGGAGGUAGUGCGGCAGCUCAGUGGACGUCCACACGUGCUUUGUGAUGCGGUUGCGAGGCGCAUUUCCUGCAGGCAGGCACGUGACGUGACGUCCACUUAUUUUUCUCACACAUCCAUUCAUUCAUUCAUGCAUCUCAUCCGUCCGUCCUCUGACGCGGUGUGUGUGUUGGUGACCUGACCUGGGUAUCUGUCGAGCAGCAUCGGGCACAGGGCCAGCGCCGCCUUCUCGAAGCUGACGGCGUCAGUCACAUGGAAGCCCCGUACCAGCAAGGCGCCGGACUGGUUCCACAGGGCCUUCAACUCAUUAGUGUUGUCGUGCAGCAGGCGGCAGAGGUGCUCGACCGAGAGAUCUGGCUCAUCUGCAGCAGGCGACAAGACCACGCCGAGAUGCUUGUCCAGAGCCACCUAGGUCAGCCCCUUGAGCGGAAUAGCAGCUUCUUUCAUGACACCCUUCGAGCCAAACCACUGUGUUGAUCUAGACCAUCUCCACCGUAUGGCCUAGGCAGAGCACAAGACAACCAACUGCAGCCUCCUCA